AUGCCCCUUGCGUUGGAUAGAGCAAAAAAGGCUGGUCGAGAUUGGUUAAUAGGAUUUUUAAAAAGAAACCCAAAACUAUCUGUUAGAAAACCAGAGGCAACUUUAAUUGUGAGAGCAUUGGCAUUUAAUUGGUAUACUAUUGAUAUUUUCUUUAUCAAAUUACAAGAACGUAUAUCAGAGUCUAAAGCAACAUCAUUUAAAAUUUUUAAUCUUGAUAAGACAGGUUUUACUACUGUGCAGAAAACUUUUUUUGUCAUUGCAUCAAAUGGAACAAAGUACGUCGGGCAAAUAACAUCUAGAGAAAGAGGUGAAUUAGUAACAGUGUGUUGCAUUGUCUCUACAGCUGGUGUAACAAUACCCCAUGUUAUUGUUUUUCCAAGAAAAUCAUUUAGAAACCCACAAAUGAGAAGGCUACCAGAAGGUUUUAUUGGAUUAGCCAAUCAAUCUGGAUGGAUGAAUGCUGAAAUAUUUAUAGAUGUUUUAAAGCACUCUGUUAAGUUUUCUCGUUUAACUGCCGCUCACAAAGUUUUAAUGAUUAUAGAUAAUCAUUAA